AUGAAGCUUGGUUGGUUUCUGUUGGCUUCUUUUUUGCCGGAAAAUAAUGGACAAGAAGCGGCGCCAGAUUUAGCCAAAUUGGCGGCGAGUUUUUCGCCGGAACAGUUGGCAGCUCUUCAAAGUGUCCUUGGCGCAAACAAAAUAGCCUCUCCAACUGGUCUUGAAAACCCGGUUGCUCCAGCUGCCACCUCCUCGGUCGCCCAGCCCGCUGCCCCAGCAGUUCCGGCAAUUCCGACUCAGCAGCCAACGACAAAACCGACAAAUGCCACGACUCUCGCUACUGAAGCCCCCGCUGCUCCUGCUCGGGGCUCGGCAACCUGUACAAGAUUGGAAGGAGCUUCGGUCGAUCUUGAGCAAGAAACGGGAAGAAUCGAGGAUAGCCCAGAAGAACUUAUUCCCGACGGACCAAGUGAAGAUGUUAACCCCGCCGAAGAUCAGCCGCUCUCGAAUUUCGAUCCUCUAGCCCCAAUUUCUGCUGAGAAUCCCGCUCCACAAACGGCUCUCCCUCCUCAAGACUCGCCCCUUCCUGCUGAAACUCCAGUAGAAUUACCUGCAGAAGAAUCAGUUGCGGAAGAAACGGUUUCAACUGACUCAACCCCAGCGCCGCUGACUAAAGAAAACACGGAUCUUCUCUCACUUCUUCAAGGAAAAUCGCCAGAACAAAUCGCCCAGCUUUUAGCUUUGGCUCAGGGACCGGGCUCAACAACUCGUGUAGAAGACCUGAGUCAGGGGUUUCUGCACAAGUCGCCGAGCCCUGCUCAGGGAAACGCUCCUGCUGAGGAUCCUCAACCAGAAGAAACUGUGGUGGAAGAACCGAUUGCUACUGAAACUAUGGAAGCAACUGAAGAAGAGAAAACUCCUGCUCCUGUUGCUCUUCCAGAAGAAGAGCCAAUCGAAGCAGAAGUAGAAAACACUGCAGCGGAAAAUCAAUCGACUGGUUUUGGAAUUCAAAUAGCUCAGCCGGAUGAAGCGACUUUGGAUAACGAAGAAACAGAAGCACUUGAAGAAGAAAAAGAAGCACAAGGUGAAGAAAGAGAAGAGCCUGUUCCAGAGGUUACUCCUGAUUUGUUUCCAGAAGGAGAGGCGGGUGAAGAUAAUGGGGAAGAAGUUUUGAAUUUUGAAGGCGAUACACCAAUAGAAACUGAAGAACUCGGAGAAAACCCCCGCAUUCAACUCCCUGCCGAAUCUCAAAAUGAUAAAGCUGAAGAAGAAGAACCGCAAAUAACCGAACCAGAGCUUGAAAUCCCCGCAGAGACCACUCAAGAUCUCGAAGACGAAGAAGACGUCCUAGACAACGAGUACGAAGAAGAAGCCGGAGAGGAAAAUGACGCAGAUGCUUACGAUGAAUACGAAGAAUACGACAAAUACGGCGAAAGCUACGAUGAAGAAUACGACGGAGAGUACGACGAAAGCGAGUAUGACGAAAGUGAAAGCAGCGAUUUCUGGAAAUUCAACGACAACGACAACGACGACUUGAGCGACAAUUUGAUCCAAGAAGAAGCCCGAAACGGCGAUCUCUUCUCCGAUCACGACGAAGAAAUGGCGGAAGACAAGGCGAAAUACAAUUUUGCGUUUUUCAUGAUUUUGUUCGUCUUCGGCACGACAGGGGCCUAUUACGUGUUCACCACUGCGAAGAACAAGUUCUUUCCGCAGAGCAACGUAAGUCAAUACCUCAAAAGCAAGAGAUGGCGAUAUUGGGACAGAAGUCAGCACGAGCAAUCCUACAAGCUCCUCCCGAAAACCGACACGGACGUGAAACAAUCGGCGUCUUCUGAAGACAAAGACGAGUGGAACAACGACGACUGGUAA